AUGCCUCCGGUUAUACCUUCCCCAACUCCCAUCACCGGCGUCAAAGUAGUUGGUGGCAAGCCUGCCCAGCGCCUACCGAUUGAUGUAUUCCGCAUCCAGCAUGAGUUCGCAUUCGCGCUCUACGUCAAGGCCCUUUCUGCAUGGCAGAAAAAUGGCAAUGAGAAGUUUGAUCAGGACAACGUCAACGGAACUAGCUACUUUCAAGUUUCAGGAGUACACGGAGUUCCAUAUGUUGCGUGGCAGAAAGAUCCCACGACCGAGGUAGCCGCAAACGUUGGAUAUUGCACUCAUCGCAGUGUCCUGUUCAUUCCGUGGCAUCGACCGUACAUGAUGCUCUAUGAGCAAAUUAUAUUUGCCUACGCUCAAGAGAUUGUCUCGAAGGCGACUGGCUUCGCCGCUGAUGCGUACAGGACGGCACUCCAAGACGUCCGGCUGCCGUACUGGGAUUGGGCAUCUGAUCCUCAUCUCCCAGCCGUGACUAUGUCCCCAGAUAUUACACUCACUUUCCCAGGGAAGACAUCAGGAUCAAAGGAGAUUCUGCAUCUAUCAGACAAUCCGCUUUAUUCCUACCGAUUCACAUCCCCGUGGGCUAAAACCACCAUGCAAAACCAGAUGCAGUGGCCCUCUACACCCGCCUGGGAAGCAUCCAAGCGCUGUCCGGACGCCAAUGGCAACAACCACCCAGAAAUCGCCAAUGCCCAAAUUGCCGCCGUCGCCAAGACAUUCAAGACAUCUAUCUUCGAUGCGCUGACAAACGUGACCAACUUUGACCAGUUCACAACCCAGGCCUGGAGACCCAAGCAGCCAGUGAAGGCGUACAGCUCGGUGGAGGGGAUGCACAAUACCAUUCACGACUACAUUGGAACCAACAACACUGCCAGCGAGGCAGGGGGGCAGUGGGGCAAUAUGACGGACGUGCAGGCGAGCUCGUUCGACCCGAUCUUCUGGCUACAUCACGUCAACUGCGAUCGGCUCACGGCCCUCUGGCAGGCCGUGAACCCCAACUGCACCAUUGACGAGUACCCCUCCCUGAUGGACCGGUUCGUGAUGCGGAACGGUGCUAUGGAGGGCGGCAAGUCGAGCCUCGAGCCGUGGCACAGGGGCUCGGCGCACUCCAUGGGCGAUUAUUAUGUCGCCAACGACACGAAGGAGUUGAUCAGCACGUUUGACGGCGGGUAUUACUACCCGGAGACACCGCUGGACCUUUUGAAGAAGCCCGACCAGAUGAAGGCAUAUGUCACGCAGCAGGUCUACAAGCUUUAUGCCCCUUCGUCACUCCAGCCGACGGCGCAUAAGCUCGUGGGUAUUGCCCCAACAAGUGGCAAACCCAUUGAAGCCUCUUCCACGAAGGAAAAUAUUACCAGAGACAGCCAUGAAAUCAAACAGUGGAAUGUAUUCCUGCGGGUGAAGAAUUUCGCGCUGACAGGGACCUGGGGGAUCCACGUCUUCCUGGGCAAGGUCCCCGCCUCGUCGGCAGACUGGCUCCUCUCAGAAAACCGCAUCGGGACGGUGACGAUGCUGUCCAACCGUUCCCGGGAGAACUGCGCCAACUGCGUCGCCCAAGCCGAGGAAGGCAUCCUCGUCACCGGCUCCGUGCCCCUGAACGAGGCUCUGGGAGAGCGACAGGUGGAUAUCGGCAACACGGCGGCUGUCGUAGCGUAUCUCAAGGAGAAUCUCUCAUGGAGAGUGGUCAAGGACACGCAAGACAUACCCAUCACGGGUGACUUUGCCCUCGCCGUUGGUGUCUCGGCUCAAUCUUUGUCCAUACCGGGCGCCUUCAGGGAGCUUCCUACCUGGGGACGGUGUGAGGUAUUUCCGGAAGCAACGACUGGGAAGGUCGGUGGACUGAGCGAGCAGAAUCGUGAAGAGUUGAAGUUGUAA